CACCGCGAUUAGCUAGAAUCAACAACACGUUCCACGGCGUAGUCGACGACGACCAUAAGUCGUCCCUCGGAACAUAUUUACCUCGUUCGGCGUUCAUUCCUAUUGCCAAGCGAACCCGGUGCAGCCAGUUUUAAUCGGUGCCCCCCGGGAGAGUCCCUUUGCUUGCCUCCCCAAAAGUAUCGACCGUUACGUCCGCCUGUGGUGUCACAGAAGAGGGUACAUAUUUAAACAAACGCGUGCGCCGCAACAAGCGUGAUUACAGAAAGCGAAACUCGGGAAACCCAAUCGAAGAUAUCGGGCUGCUGAAACAAAAGUAGAUGUGUCUCAUCACGCUAGAAAUUUCACUUCUACUAUAUAAAAUGAGCGGCAUGCCUCCGAUGGGCAGUAACAGUCGGUGCCUUGGAGUUGGCUUCUGAAGGAAGCCGAAAAGUGUCCCCUAGAACCGGUGGUGAAUAGUGGUGAAAAAAAAUUUGUGGUGAAAUUGUGAUAGCACUAGCAGACUUUAAGUCGACCCGUCGAUAGUAGCUGUAACACGAUCAGCUGAUAGUCGCUCUUUGUGCUGCUAAUGUGUAGUAAGAGGUUAUCUGUCUGCUGUCUGUCCAGAACGCUGUAAUCAGUUGUACUCAACAUUGUUGAACUUUGCGGAUUGGAAGACACCACUGGGAGUUGUUACCCGACCGCAUAAACUUAAACAGAACGAACCGAAGGUGACAUCAGAAUCACUUGCGCUUUCUGCGUGUCGUUCGAUAGCUACCGUCAACGUCAUCGAAGCGAGAGCCACUACAAGGACUGAUCGAGUUCAAUUGCGCUAAACAAACAGACACUCAACCACCGGCAUCAACAAGCAACAAGCUAAUCAUUGGCGCUCCGGUUCAUAGCGAUCAAAUCAGCAAGAGUCGCCACCCGGGUUAUCAUUCGGUCACGCGUUCGAUCGGCCACGCGUACUAAUUGUCCCGUUGAGUGAUUCCUCCGCAGCGAAGCGCACUAUUAUGCAACUGCGUUCGACCAAUGCGGGUGGAUUCUGACGAGUUGUCAAAUGUUUUGAAUUAAGCGGCCGCGCACAGUAAUUUGAUUGUUUUGCCCGUUUCCGAACAGUUAAUCUUAAUUAGUGUGCUGAGUAUAUAGCAGCUGUUCUUAAUCAGUGGAACAAGUUGGCAGGAAAACAGUGCCCCAUUAUGUUGCAUCAGAAGGGUGGAUCGGACGAGAGCAAUGCCAAGGGAAGACUGGAAUACAACGAGCUCUCGUAUUUGGUGACGAGACCGUGCCUCCAUCAGGAGGAAUUCCAUCAGCUGUCGCAGUAUGACAGAGUGAAACCCACACCCGCCGAAUCUCUAGUCAGCGCAAUUCGCGAAGUAAAAUGCUGCUCAUCGUUGCUGAGCUUCGUUCCGAUCCUUCAAUGGCUUCCAAAAUACUCGCUGAAGCACGACCUGAUGAGCGACGUAACUGCCGGUAUAACCUGCGCUGUAAUGCAAAUCCCCCAGGGAAUGGCAUACGGACUGUUGGCCGGUGUGGAGGCCAAAGUUGGCCUCUAUAUGGCGUUCUUCCACUGCCUCGUGUACGCCGUGUUCGGAACGUCACGACACAUUUCGAUGGGAACGUUCGCUGUGGUUAGCUUGAUGACGGCGAAGGUCGUCGCGACGUAUUCGUCGCCCCCUGUGGAACUUAUCAAUGGAACCGAUCCUAGCUCCAGUGGAAUCGACCCCACCGUACCACACUACACUGCAAUACAGGUAGCCACUGCUCUUUCGUUCGUUGUGGGAUGCUAUCAUAUUGUGAUGAGCGUUAUCCGCUUGGGAACGCUUUCAUCUCUCCUCAGCGAACCACUGGUUAGCGGGUUCACGACAGCAGCUGCUGUCCACGUGCUUGUCAGCCAGAUGAAGGACCUGCUUGGGAUCUCAAUUCCCCGCUACAAAGGCGCCUUCAAAAACAUCUAUUCUCUGCGAGACAUAUUCGAAGGGAUUCCCAACAGCAACCUCACCGCCGUCUACACUUCAGUUAUUGUGAUUCUUUUUAUGAUAUUCAUGAACGAGUACUUGAAACCCUGGUCAUCGACAAAGUGCAAAUUUCCGAUUCCGGCCGAGCUGAUGGUAGUCGUGGGGGGAACGCUGGCCUCCUACCUCAUCGGAUUGGGUCCCAACUUCGGUGUAAAGCUCGUCGGGGAGAUCCCCGUGGGUUUGCCACCGCCUCAAUGGCCAACAAUCGCCCUCCUUCGACUCGUUGCGGUGGAUGCCAUCGCCAUCACAAUCGUCAGUUACUCAAUCGUGAUGUCCAUGGGACUCAUUUUCGCGCAGAAGGAAGGCUACGAUGUUCGUCCAAACCAGGAACUGAUUGCGAUGGGUGCCACCAACAUCUUCGGGUCGUUCUUCUCGUGCAUUCCGACGGCCUGUUCACUUUCCCGGUCGUUGAUUCAACACCAGACCGGUGGUAAGACCCAGAUAACGGGGGUGAUUUCCUCGAUGCUUAUAUUAGUAGUGUUGUUGUGGGUGGGACCAUACUUCGAAACGCUUCCUCGAUGCGUGCUGGCAUCAAUCAUUUUCGUAGCGCUGAAAGGCAUGCUGUGGCAGGUGCUGCACAUCAAAAAGUUCCACCGCGAAGGCACCCUCGAAUUGUUCGUAUGGUUGGUGACGUUCCUUAGCGUAACGAUCAUCGACAUCGACAUUGGUCUACUGGUCGGUGUUGUGUUCUCUUUACUAGUUUUGUACAUUAAGGGUUGGAAGUCAUACUACAGCUUACUGGGAACGGUCCCCGAAACGGCGAUAUACGUCGAUAUCGGAAGCCACCAGCGCGCCGAGGAACUCCCCCACAUCAAAAUCUUCAAGUACUUUGGAGCGAUCAAUUUCGCCAGCCGUUCCGGCUUCAAGAAGGCACUCACGAAAGAGGUCGGCGUCUGUCAGAAGCUUGUCCACCGGGCAUCGAAAUACGAUUCCGCAGGGGAAGGAGCGGGGUUGCACAUCAUCAAGACGGUGAUCAUUGAUCUGUCCAGUGUUCCCCACAUUGACACUGCCGCCUGUAAAACGUUCAGCGAAAUCAAGAAGGAGAUGAGCCGGGUUGGCGUCAACACGUUGAUCGCGAAUCCGGCGGAUUGUGUGUAUGACAAGCUGCUGCAUGCAGAAUCAAUCGGGGAGGGAGGUUUUCAUAUAUUCCCCACGACGCACGAUGCCGUGCUGUACGCUCAGGGUUCGAUGACGAGUGUCUGAGAAGGAGAAUACCGAUCGAUCGAUCAAUGAUGUGCCAAAGAAUGAUGAACUUACUUACACAGUAUCAGGUACCUGUGCGACGCAGCACAGGAAACAUGUGCCUUUUCUUAUAGGAUAAGAAAUGGAUAACAAUAGCUCAUCAGAGAAGUUGAUUUUUUAUAGUUUAGUACUUAAGAGAACCAAAAGUGAAUCUGAAAACAACAACUUAAAAAGUGUUCAGUCAGAAAGACAAGAACAAUUAUUAAUAUUACGUUGCAGCUGUAAAUCUCCCCAGCAGAAUCUUGAGCAUGAACAUGUUUUGUUAGGAAAAUCCUUUUUAGGAUAGUUAGAAAAAUAAUCAUAUUUAUGUUUGAAUACGUAUGAAUUAUAGUGUUACUGAUACUGCUGAAGAAUGGUGAGGCCACUAGUGAUCUAGGAAUGAAACUUAUCUAGAAGAGAAUCCGCGAUUCGCCUAUAUAUAUAUAUAUAUAUAUAUAUAUAUAUAUAUAUAUAUAUAUAUAUAUAUAUAUAUAUAUAUAUAUAUAUAACUAUGUGUCAGAAUAGAAACAGAAGAAGAGUACGUUUUCCAUAAUAGAUAGCAUGAUAGUAUUUAUUUCAUCCGAUUUGCCAUUGUAAUGUAAAUAAAAACCUCACUAAAAAAGAAUUCAUGUAGAAGAAAUCCUCUCGAUCGGAGAGAGUAGCAGUAACGGUGAACCAGGGGUGGCAUUCCGCAUUUCGAAACGAGUGAUUUUUGUUCGUUUCGACCGCUUUUGCCUUUAUGUAUCUCAAGUUUUGAGAUUGUGAUAUUUUUUGAAAACUACUCACUCAUACCAAUGUUCACUUUGAGCAGUUCAUUCGUAUUUAGAAGACUAGAAAAAUCAUAUCAGCUUAGCUUAUUCUCUAGUCAAAUUUUUCCCUUGCGUGCUUUAACUGAAACAAAAUGAUCCACAAUUAUUUCUAAAUCAAUUGCUAUAUCUAAAUCAAGCGAAUGUCGAUCGAAUGAAUUGCCUAGCCAUUGAGUCGGGCUUGGUUAAUUUUAGAUCGUAGAUAAUUUUCAAUAAAUUUAAGCUUGCUAAAAAUGCGUUUGCACAAUGCCUGUAACUGAAAACGUCAGUAAAAUUCGUUGCGCCGUCUCGAUGUUAAAAUAGAAGAGAGAGAAUAUCUGAGAAUAAAGUUCAAGGUGAAUCUCUUUCCCUGGAGCCACCGCUUGAGGUUUGGGAACACAUAAUAGCCGCUGGGGGCCAAGUCUGAGAAUGUGGUGGGGAAGCAACCUAUUGGAAUCGUAAUUGGUACAACUUGGCCAUCGCUUUAAAAGACAUAUGCGACGGUGCAUUGUCGUGAUGGUACAGAGUGAAUGAGUGCGAGUGAGUUAGCAUAACACAACGAGCGGAUAUCAUUUAUGCAUAAUGCUGAUUUCACACUCAUAAACACACAGCUCGAUACAAGGAGAGGAAGUCCUCUGUAUCGAGGUUUGCUACGACAAAGAAGAGUAGCAUACGAGAAUUUUUGUGCUAGUGCGGAUAUGGAAGAGUAUCCAGAAUUUUGGAAUAUAGAUAUACACUGCAUUUAUUUAAAUAAACGUAUAUUUAAAAAUUUUGAUGCAUUCUAAAAUAAUAUCCGAAAUGAUAAACAAAUGGAUUGAAUAAUAGAAUUCCGUAGUUCUACGUCGAAAACUGCGGUAGUGUCCUAGAUACAACCCAUUAUACUUUUUUCUUCACUGAAGAUAACCUAUACAUUGAAGAACCUUUCGUUAUGGUAUAUAGCAAAAUGUAUUCUUUUGGAAACAUUCUUUAUCAUCACAUACCAUGUCCCACUGUCGAUUCAUGUGAACUUUGGCAAAACUCAGACCUUUUCCGAUGUGAGAUGGUGUAAGAUGAGGAGCUUUAACCUUUUAAGCCCUCUUUGUGUGAGGAUUUUUUAGCAAAACAUGACGAAUUGUCACCCGAGUAACAUUUAAAUUGAAAUAUCACUUUAUUUGCAUAAGCGAUUUUGAGGUAUUCGAAGCUUUUUUAGCUAUUUCCCGCUUAUCCCGAUAAGAGAGCCUCGAUUUACGUUGAGCUCUCUCCUUCUUACCGUAUCCUUGAGGAUUCACCAAAUAAUUAAGCACUACUUGCACUAGUUGAUCGUCCAAUCCGACGAGAAAUUUCUUUUACUAACAUUUUCAUGGCGAAAUGCAUUGAUUCGUCUUUCUUCUCUCUCCGUGAGCACUUUUCCCUUUGGAAUUUUCCAGAUUUAUGAAAAAUAACUAAAACAACGGAAAAUAUAACUGGUCUUAUAGAAACUUGACACUUGAAAAAUACAAAAACAUUCGUUUACGCUCAGCAUAUGAAAAUCAUGCAAUGUAUGGUAGUCACCAAUACCUACACAUUCUAGUAAAUUGAAACAUUGUUUGUUUACAAUGACACAAAGCAGCAGGAUCAUCACCUGGUCUCAUAGAAGUUGGACAGAGUGUAGUAUUGAUGCACGAAUUUUUAAACGUGUUUUUCUCGGAACCAUGUUUUUUCAGUUGGUGGUAUCGAUAUCUCAGGAUCUACUCGACCGGUUUGGCUUAAAAUGGAUUAUCUAACGCGUUACAUAGCCGUUUUUCGAUGCCUUUUUUUAUAUUCUUGAUGACCUUUUAAACACCGAUUUUUCUUGAAAAAUAACUCACUUUUAACAAAAAUGGCCGCCAUUUUGGCAUUUUUUCGAAUUUUCAAAAACCCCUAUAUGACGCUUCAGGUUUUAAACAAUAAUCAUUGGAAUUCGUUCUACGACACCCCGUUUCUUCAGACAUGAUUUUCGUACAGCAUCUGUGUAUCCAGCUUUCAACAGCGUAAUAAUCAUUAUUCGUGCACUCAAAAAAUGGAAAAUAAAUCUUCAAAUAUACCUUAAACAAUAAUCAAAAUGCUCGAAUACUUCGCUUUAUUUCUAACAUUAAAAAAAAAAAUCAUGAAAAAUUUAAUUAUUUUUCGACCUUCCAGAUUGAAGCCCUUUACACUCCUAUACUCUGAGAAAUGAAUGAAUUAUUGAUUUCUGGUCUGUCAGACCGAGAAAUCAAUAAUUCAUUCAUUUCUCAGAAAAUAUCAACACUACGACAUUGCGAUUCUCUUCAGCUUCGUUAUUCGUCGUUCGUCAUCGUUAAGCGUAUCGCAUGUGUUGGUACAAAGGGGACGUGUGCUACUUUUUUAACACUUUCGGUCUGACACACCGACGCGAGUAUAGGAGUCACUUUUUUGGACAAGUGCCUUUUUUCAUAUUCUAGAAUAUUAAUCAAUGAAAUAUAUAAAUUAAUGUUAGUGACGUGGAAUAUUUAUAGAAUAUAAUGCAUAAGACCAUUACCAGACUAUUCUUAUUUGAUUUCAGUCCCUUUUGUGAUUAGAUUGAACGGAUCCAUAUAUUAACUAUUCGUCGAUAUAUUCGUCGUUAGAUUCAUACAUUCAAAAGCAAAAUAUAGAUGUUUGACUUUCGUAUAGUUAUUCGCUAAAUAUAAUGGUCAUACAUAUACACACUUGAGAAAAAAAUUCACUUGUGGAAGAAUUGUAAACAGUAAACUAUAAACUAAUCGGUAACUUAUGGUAAUUUUUUAUAAUUACAGUUUCGGGGAUAUUUUUUUUAUAAUGAAUAUAGACAAGAAAACAAGAUAAAGAAAAAGAAGUUACUAGAAAUCCUUUUAUAUCAUCUUUUUAUGCCCUAUCUAAAAAAAGGUAUUAAUUCUUAGUUUACCAAGAAUACAGAGACAAAGAAUAUUAGAAAUAUGUAAACUUUAUAUUCCAAAACCUUUAUCAUCUGUUAGUUAUACAUUCUUCUCUUCGAUAAAAGACCCGAAAACAGGCAACAAUUGCAUGAAAUGUAAAAAAUAUGUUUGUUUCGAGCAUGCAGUUAUACUAUGUUCUGAUUCUUACUCCAAUGAAACCACAAUCGAUUAAUACGUUCUUAUGUUAUUUUAUAGUUCUUUAUACUUUCAUGAAUUAUAUUCAGUUGCAUACUUUUAAUUAAUAACAAUAAAAGAUUCGAAACUCGAUAUUUGUGUUGGAGUAUCAAAAAUUACUCUAUUUUGAGGAGGCUGAAUUAGAUGACUAUUAAAACAUA